AUGGCAGCUAUUUACACGAUCCUCGUGCUUUUCCUGGCAGUUUUUGUUGCUGGAUUGAUACUGUUGGUCAUGGCGGCAUUUAAUUUUGAUUUCUCCAACUCUGAAAUUCCUCCUGGAGUGAAUGAACCUGUGAAGCUUCGAAUCACUCACGUUAUUUUGAUAAGCACGGCUGUGGUGGGAAAGAUUUUGGAAAAGAUUGGCAUCUGUAGCCAGAUCAGCUUUGUUCGGUACAUGCAAGGCAUUAAGGCUCUGGGAGCAGACCAGAAGCUCCUCAUUGAGGACCUGUGCUUUGAGAAAGUGCCUGUAAGGAUUUACCAGCCCAAGGCUCCAUCUGCCAGCCCAAGGAGAGGAGUAAUGUUUUUCCAUGGAGGAGGAUGGGUGUUUGGAAGUGUUGAGACCCAUGAAAGCCUGUGCCGCUCUCUUGCCCGAGGAAGUGACUCGGUGGUUGUGUCUGUCGGGUAUCGUUUAGCUCCUGAGCACAAAUACCCUGCUGCGUAUGAAGACUGCCUUCAUGCUUCCAUACACUUUAUGAGGAAUGCAGAGCACUAUGGGGUGGAUCCUGCCCAGAUCAGUGUCUGUGGGGACAGUGCUGGGGGCAAUCUAGCGGCUGCUGUUAGCCAGACCCUGGCAGGCAGAGCAGACCUCCCCAGGCUGCGUGCUCAGAUCCUGAUCUACCCAAUACUGCAGGCACUGGACUUCAAUUUGCCAUCCUAUAAGCAAAAUCAGGCAGUCCCUCUCUUAUUCCAAGAACGCGCUGCUUUCUAUGUGUUACAAUACCUGAACGGGAACGCCUCAAAUCUGGAACAACUCCUGGAGGGUUCACACAUCCCUAUAGAUGUCCGAUUAAAUUAUAGGAAGUGGGUGAGUGAAGAUUACAUCCCUGAGAGGUUUAAAGUUAGGGGCUACAAGCCACAUGUGCUACUGGACUGUUCAACUGAGGUUUAUGAGACGGUGAAGCGGUUCUGUGAGCCCAACCUGUGCCCCCUGCUAGCUGAAGAUGCUGUUGUUCACCAGCUGCCCGAGUCCUUCAUCUUGACUUGUGAAUAUGAUGUGCUGAGGGAUGAUGGCUUGCUGUACAAGAAGAGGUUGGAGGACAACGGAGUCCAAGUGACCUGGUGCCACCUCGAGGAUGGGUUCCAUGGAAUCAUCAACUCAUUUAAUAGUGAAUGGAUGUCGUUUUCAUCUGGAAAAAGAGGUCUGGACAAUAUUGUGAACUUCCUAAAAAGUUUAUAG